GCGCUGUUUGCAUGAGAAAGCUGCAUAUUCUUAGUGUAAUUUUUAAGCCGUUUAGUAUAGUUUAUCGGCACUUAAAACAUUCUCUCGUGACGAUGGAUAAAACGGUGAAAUUGAGUAGCGGUUACAGCAUUCCACUGAUUGGUUUUGGCACCUUCCAAAUCCACGGUCAGGAGCUAAUUUACCAAGUGCUGGAUUAUGCUCUGGGCGCCGGCUACCGACAUAUUGAUACUGCGGUCGUUUAUCGCAACGAGGAAUACAUUGGCAGUGCGCUGAAAACGUUGUUACCGAAAUACAAUCUGAAGCGUGAGGACAUCUUUAUCACCUCAAAGUUGAUUUCGCAAGCCGGAAAGGAUGAAGGAUUUGUGGAACAAAUGGUGCGAAAGUCACUUUUCAACUUGCAAACCGAUUAUCUGGACCUGUACCUUAUCCACUGGCCCGGUGUUAGCGGCAUGCAAGUAACCCAUCCGGAUAAUGUGAAGUACCGGAAGGCAACCUGGAAUGCGUUGUGCAAGCUGCAGCGUGAAGGAUGCCUCCUAUCGAUCGGUGUAUCAAACUACACCGUAAAACAUUUGAAGGAGAUGAUGGCGGAUUGCAAUGGGAUCGUCCCAGCGGUUAACCAGGUUGAGUGGCACCCGUAUUAUUAUCAACCGGAAUUACUAGAAUUUUGCCGUAAACAGGGGAUCUUCCUGCAAGCGUACUCUUCGCUCGGAUCGUCCAAUACCAGCGAACUGAGAAACGACGAGACCGUAAAGUCUGUGGCAAGUGGUCUACAGAAGACACCUGCCCAAAUUUUAUUGCGUUGGGCAAUUCAGCAGAAUAUUGGUAUACUCCCGAAGGCUCGUUCACGGGAACGUAUUGAGGAGAAUCUCGCACUGGAGUUUGAAAUACCGGCUAAGGAGAUGAAACAGUUGGGCGAGUUGCAGAAAAGCGUUGGUCAUAAGUUUGCCUGGAAUCCGGAAACGGUUGUGUAGAAGUUAGGAGGCGUAUUGUGGUGUGGUUUGAUGGUGCCUUUAGUAGAAAAGGAAGAAAAGUUGCUUUUUUAUCUUGUUGUAUUUUAUUUCUGAUUCACAUAACGGUAACGUUAGGUAGUUAAACUCAAACUUUGGUGGUUGUUAUGUAUAAUACUGGUUAGGAAGUAAGGGAAUAUUUACAUCGCGCAAACGGCUCAUGUGUUUCCUAAAAGCACGAUAAACACUUUAAAAAAAUGGAAAACAAUUUGGCCAACCGUA